UUGGAUGAUGCUGCCUGUAGAAACUGUUUAAAUUCUCCUACUCCUAAGCCCUUACACAGCAAAACAUUGCAUCUGAUUUCGCAGAAUCACUGCUCAAUAGUGCAGGAGAGCUUCUUGCAUUUUGCAGUAUCAUCUGGAUUAGAGAUCAGCCAAGAUAUUGAUUCAAAGAUGAAAACUGCUGUGUUCAUUGUGUGCCUUGUCGGCUUGGCCUACGCAUAUCCCACAUCAUCAGACUCAAACUCUUCUCACAUGGAUUCACCUGAAAGCCACGAUACUUCUUCAUCAGAAGAGUUCACCAUCCCCCCUGCAGUAAAUAUUACACUUGAGCCCUUAACCAAUCAACCAAGAGGUGACAGCCUGCGUCUUAGACGUGCUUUAAGACAGUUUGUAUCUUCAAGUGAAAGUCACAGUAAAUCUAUCUCAAACUCAAUCCCCGACUCCUCCGACUCCUCCUCUUCUGAAGAAUUAAGAACUGUUCCUACCGUCGAUGGGGCAACAGCUGGUCAAGCACUAACAGAAAACCUGCGCCGCAAACGUGCCGCUGGACAGAAACCUCACAGCAGCUCCUCAGAGCAUUCUUCUGAAAGUACAACCACCGAGAGCAUCAGUAGCCACACAUCUGAGAGUUCAGAAGAAGAUAGCCACGAGCACAGCACUAAGCAGAACUUAUUGCAGGGUAUCCUGGAGACAUCCACUGUACCUGACACUUCUGAAGAGAGCUCAGAAGAGAGAACAACAAAUACUCCCAUCUUCCAGCCCUGAACGUGUCAGCAGAUCAUGACAUUUAUUGUUUCUGCCUUCUGUCUUCCUAUUUGCGUGAAUGGUUUAUGUAAUGUAAUUAAUGCAGUUCGCUAUUGAUAACCUCACAUGGAUGCCUGCACAUGUUAAAGUAAAGGCUUGUAGGGUAUCCAACCUUGUUCUAAAUUUAGGAUUUAGGUCCUUCUAUCCUUACAAACCAUUAUAGAUUCCAUGUCUGAUAUAGAUAUAUAUAGAUAGAUAGAUAGAUAUCUAUAUUAGACAUGGACAUGCUAACUCUAGCCUAAUUAUGAGACAAUGUAAAAAUAAAUCUGCAUGAUCUUUUGGUUAGCGCCACCAUCACUUACAGUAGAUGUAAAAUCCCCUAACUCAGUGAUGGCACCCCAGAUGUUUUGGAACUACAUUUCCCAUGAUGCUGAUGCACUCUGCAGUGUAGGUGAGCAUCAUGGGAAAUGAAGUUCCAAAAUAUCUGUAGUGCCAAGGUUCACCAUCACUGCCCUAGCUGAUAUAGAUUCUUCCCGUGAAUUUAAAUAAGUGAUGUAUCGCUUUCCAUAGCCAGUGUAACAAAUCAGUGUGUAUGGGUGGCCUUUAUUACUGUAUUGGCUCAAAACUGAGCUUCCAUGAUAACUUAUGGAUAUGAAUGUUUACUGUAUCUGCUGCUGAUAUAUAAUUGAUACAUCACUAAUAGACUACUUUCAUAACACUAGGGACAUAUAUGCAAUUUCCAGUAUUUUGUGCAAUGCAGAAAUACACCUCUUUCUACUGCAUGCAUUUAUACUUGACUUGUAAUGACUGUAUAGAAAUUAAGUAAGUUUAAGUAUCACAAUCACCUACCUUACUUCCUGUAUAAUCACCUCAAUUCAAUAUCAUUUUUUUUAUCUUAAUAAAGAUCUAUAGACACUA